GUCCUGGUAACUAGUUGAUGUUUUGUGUUUGGCCUAGUGCCUUGUGAUGUUUUCUUUUUCCUUUCUCAGGCUACUCAGGCGGUCAGGCCUCCUUUUCCGUCGUUUACCGCCACAGAAUUCAAAUUUUGAAAUCAAAGUUUGAGGUAACAUUCCCGCUUUAUAUAACUUUCCGGAGAAGCAUCUCGCAAUUCGAGUAUAAAAGUACAAACCCAAGAAUAAGAAGAGAGAGGUCCUUCAACAUCUUCUCUGCAAGACUAAGACUGCAACUUCAACUUCAUGGCAGGACAGGCCGAGGCUUCCUCCUCCGCCCUCACUGCCAGUGCCGGAUCUUCAACUUACGAUGUUUUUCUCAACUUCAGGGGUAAAGAUACUGGCAAAACCUUCACUGGCCACCUUUACCAGGCUCUGAACAGAGAAGGGAUCCAUGUCUUUAUGGAUAGUUACAAAAUCAGGGAGGGAGAAGAGAUUGGGCCAACACUUCUCGAUGCAAUCCAACGGUCCAAACUCUCUAUACCUGUCUUCUCUAGAGGCUAUGCCGAUAGCAAAUGGUGCUUGAUGGAACUUGUCAAGAUAUUGGAGUGCCAUAGAUCCAACCGUCAACUUGUUCUGCCAAUAUUCUUCGAUGUUGAUCCGUCUGAUGUUGGACAUCAGACCGGAAGUUUUGAAGAAGCGUUUCGUAAUCAUGAGAAGAAACAUGAAGCCCAUAUCACAGAGCAGUGGAGGGAUGCGUUGAGAGAGGUAAAGCAACUGAAGGGAUGGGUUCUCGGAGAAGUCGAAAAUGGGAAUGAAUCAAAAUUAGUUGAGCGUGUUGUUAAAGAAGUUUUAAGAGAAACAUCCAGCAAGUGCUUGAGCGAUGUUAAAUACUAUAUUGGAUUGGAAUCAUUUGUAAAUCAUCUACCAUCUUUACUAAUAACUGGUUCCAAAGAUGUUUGUUCUAUUAGAAUAUGUGGCAUAAGUGGCAUUGGGAAGAAAGACAAAGAAGCUGAAUGUGUUACAGUGAAAGAAUUAAUGGAAAAACCAUUAAAUUCAUUCUCGAAUACAAAUUAUUACAUUGAAGGAAAAAUUACGAAGCUUGAAAAUGAAAUAUCAUGGUACAAUGCCUGCAAAGAUUGUAAUAAAAAGGUACAAUUUCGGAGAGGUACCGCAAUAUGCGACAGAUGUGGAAAUGAUGAUACAAGAUAUACAAAAAAGUAUUGGGGAAGUUUCAAUGUCAUAGAUUCAACUGGAACGAUAUUUAUCACAUUAUUUGAUGCUAUUAAAGCGAUCACAAGAUGUUCGGCAACUGAGUAUGCAAAAUCAUUAAAAAAGUUGCAGUUGCAGUACCAAAAGAAACUACAGUCUUGUCUAUCAAAAAAUUAUCGUUUUUAUUUCAAAAUGGAUGAAAAAAAUAAGUCCAGGCUAGCAUCAAAAAGCAUUGUUGCAGAUGUUAUUGCAGAUGUUAUUGAAGAAGGAGAUGCUGAUACAAACAUCAUCAUAGAUGUGGAAGAAUUACCAAACAAAAAAUACAAAAAAAUUAAAAUAGCGAAAGAUUAAAUAGUGCCAUUGACACACCCUUUCUCUACAUAGUUAUUAUUAUUAUUAUUAUUAUUUUUUAAAAUAUUCUUGAUUGUGGCUUGUAUUUUCUCUAUGGUUUAUCAUAUGGAAUCUUGAUGGAUGUAUGUUCUCUAUUCUUAUAAAUUAUAAGAUAGAUAAAAUAGAACAAAGACGUGAUCCCUACAAUAGUUACAAUAGUAGUGAAGAAAGUGAUGAAAAAAAUUGUACAAUGUUUGAGAUGUGCUCACA